CCGGAUGACUCAUGGGAGGAAGGUGGUGUGCAAGAGCGGCUCUUCUCCUCUUCCCAUGGUCGAAGCAGCAGCUGGAAGAUGAGCAGGAUGGCAAUAAGAGCACUCUGGACAACUGUAAAGAACAAUCAGUGUUGAAAAGGGAAGAAUAUCAAGCCAAAAAUCAAAAUAUUUCCCAUUUCCUGCAGAAAACCUUACAAAUUGGUUCCUCCUGCAACAGCUGUUUGAAAAAAGAGAGAAAAUUAAGAAAGAAUAAGCAAAUUAUGCAGAACUCAAGGAUAAAUUAAAUGAGAGGGGAAGGAAGAUUAUUUAUAAUUCAGCAAAAGAAGGAAAUAUCUGGAAGUCUGUUCGAAGGAAAAGAUCAAUAGUAAAGCCACGUAGAAGAGACAGGAAUGCAGGCCUCUCCCUGAGAGGAAGAAGAUGGCUUGAAUGAAAGAACCCUUAACAAAGGCAUUGUCCAUAUUUUUUACAUCCUCAAGAAUAUCAGUGGUGCAAAAGCUUCAUAAAUUUGCUUAUUGUUGGAAAAGCACAGAUUGCAAAUCACAGCUGAUAAUGCACAAGAGGAGACAGAAAACCACACAAAUUACCUGAAUGUGGCAAAAACUACGGUCACAAAAUCUCCCUUGUUGUUCAUGGAAGCACCUCCACAAAAGAGGGAAGCCACAAAAGUGCUCCCAAUGCGGUAAAUGCUUUAGUGAGCAUGGCAACAUGGUGCUACAUCAGAUAAUUCACAGGAGGGAGAAAACAUAUGACUCUGCAAAUUGUGUGAAAGUUUCAUUAGAAAUUCCCAGGUCUUGAGACACUAAAGGAUGCACACAAAGGAAUAAAAUCAUUUGAACGUUCUUUCUGUGGGAAACGUUUCAGUAAAUUACUUCCUGGUGAAGCACCUGAGGACUCUCACAAAAGACAAACCGUUUGAAUGUCCUGAUUGUGGAAAAAAUAUUAGUCACAAUUUCGGUCUGGUGUUGCAUCAGUAGAUUGACUCCAGGGAGAAACUCUAUGAGUAUCUAGAUUGUGGGGAAAAACAUCAUUAGAAAUUUCCAUCUCAAGAGACGCCAGAGAACUCACACAGAAGAAAAACCCUUUGAAUGUCCUUAAUUAUGGGAAUGUCACAAUUCUGGUGAUACACCAGAAGACUCCCAUAGGAGAGAAAUGCUUUGAAUGUCCUGAUUAUUGGAAAACUUUCAGUUAUGAUUCCAAUUUGUGAAACACCAGAGGAAUCAUAAAGGAGGAAAACCCAUUCAAUGUCCAGACUGUGGGAGAAGCUUCAGUUGUAAUUCCCGCCUGGUAACACAUCAGGGGAUUCACUCCAUGGAGAAACCUUGUAAGUGUAGAGAUUGUGGGGAAAGUUUCAUUAUAAAUUCCCACCUCUUGAGACAUAAGGCCACGCACACAGGUGAGAAACCCUUUGAAUGUCCUGAAUGUGGGAAACGUUACAGUCAGAAUUCCCAGCUGGUGAGACACCAGAGGACUCACACAGGAGAGAAACCCUUUGAAUGUCCUGACUGUGGGAAAUGUUUUAGUCAGAGAGGCAUCCUGGUGACACACCAGAGGACUCACACAGGAGAGAAACCCUUUGAAUGUCCUGAUUGUGGGAAAUGUUUUAGUCGGAGUUGCAUCCUUGUGACACACGAGAGGACUCACACAGGAGAGAAACCCUUUGAAUGUCCUAUCUGUGGGAAAAGCUUUAGUUAUAAUUCCAGUCUGGUGACACACCAGAUGACUCACACGAGAGAGAAACCUUUUGUAUGUCCUGAUUGUGGGAAAUGUUUUAGUCAGAGUUCUACUCUGGUGACACACCAGAGGACUCACACAGGAGAGAAACCCUUUGAAUGUCCUAUUUGUGGAAAAAGGUUUAGUGAUAAUUCCAGCCAGGUGAAACACCAGCGGACUCACACAGGAGACAAACCCUUUGCUUGUCCUGAUUGUGGGAAACGUUUCAGUCAGAAUUCCCAGCUGGUAAAACACCAGAGGACUCACACAGGAGAGAAACCCUUUGAAUGUUCUUAUUGUGGGAAACGUUUCAGUCAGAAUUGCAGCCUGAUAAGACAUCAGAUGACUCACACAGGAGAGAAACCCUUUGAAUGUCCUCUUUGUGGAAAAAGUUUUAGUGAUAAUUCCAACCUGGUGACACACCAGAGGACUCACACAGGAGAGAAACCUUUUGAAUGUCCUGAUUGUGGAAAAGGUUUUAGUCAGAGUUCCAGUCUGGUGACACACCAAAGGACUCACACAGGAGAGAAACCCUUUGAAUGUCCUUAUUGUGGGAAAGGUUUCAGUCAGAAUUCCAUGUUGGUGAGACACCAGAGGAUUCACACAGGAGAGAAACCCUUUGAAUGUCCAGAUUGUGGGAAAUGUUUUAGCUGGAGUUUCAGCCUGGUGACACACCAGAGGACUCACACAGGAGAGAAACCCUUUGAAUGUCCUGAUUGUGGGAAAUGUUUUAUUCAGAGUUCCAGCCUGGUGACACACCAGAGGACUCACACAGGAGUGAAACCCUUCGAAUGUCCUCUCUGUGGGAAAAGCUUUAGUGAUAAUUCUAAUCUGGUGAGACACAAGAGGACUCACACAGGAGAGAAACCUUUUGAAUGUCCUGUUUGUGGGAAAAGUUUUAGUGAUAAUUCUUAUCUGGUGAUACACCAGAGGACUCACACAGGAGAGAAACCCUUUGAAUGUCCGAUCUGUAGGAAAAGUUUCAUUAAGAAUUCCAGCCUGGUACAACACCAGAGGACUCAUACUGUGGAGAAAUCUUUCAAAUGUCCAGUCUGUGGACAUUACUUCAAGCAUAAAUCAUCCCUUAUUGCACACAAGGUAAUCCAUAUGAAGAAAGGUAGAUGAGUUUAGAGAAUACUUGAAUUUCAUUUGAUAUCUCCCAUUGAAAGUGUAGGUGAGAAAGUGAUUGUUUGAAUUUUGGCCUGAUUCAUUUUGCUCAAACAUUUCUCAGGGUUAAAUUUGUAAGUUGAGUGAAAAGUAAAUUGGAAAAUGGCUAACUACUAGUUUGUGGUUAUCAACAGAACCUUCUGUAUAUUUCCUUUUCCGGAAUUAAUGGAAUUCCUCAAAAAGGAAUUUUGGGUAGAGCUUUUGUCUGUUGUUUAUGGAAUUUCCACAUGUGGAGUUUCAGUCUUCUACCUUGGUUUCACCCGAUUUUCAGCCCCUGAGUUCCACAGCCCGCAUAAAAGUAGUCCUCAAGAUAUAACUAUUAUGGGCCUUGAAUUAGGGUUUCAUGUUCCAAUGGCUGUUAAGUGAAAUUGCUUUCCUUAAGUACCUCAAUCCUCCUGCUCUCCCUGAUGCAGCCAUUAAUCAAAUGUGCGAGUCGCUAGGUAGAACACUGUCUACUCAGAGCUUGGGAAAAGUCUUGGAGGCCUAGCGCAGAGCUAGGCUUGCUUGCCGUAGGCAUCUAUACACACACUCCGCACCCUCCAAGACACCCUUGUGCUCUGUAUCCUAACCCUUGAGUCCCCUUGGCCAUUCACUCCCCCGUUACCCCUGACUCCCACCCUACCUGACUUCAUACGCUCCUCCUUCUUACCUUUAAAGAUCUCUGAACCUCAUGUUGGGGAGGGAAGGAAGGACAUAUAUCAGUGCUGGCUAACAUUUUUUGGAUUGUGUGCCAAAAGCAGUAGGGCGUGCUUGGGCGUGCCCACACCCAUAAUCUAUGUGCGCGACCCCAGCCUGCAUGAAAUCCUGGACCAGCCUAUUCACAAAGUAAAUACCUUCACCUCCAGGUGAUGGGAUUAAGGACAGGACAUGACCUUAACCCAGGGGCCCUGAAACUUUUUAAAUGGGACCAAUUUAUGGUCCCUCAGACUGUUGGGAGGUGUGGACUGGCUGGAUGGGCAUGACUAGAUGGUCAUGUGACUAGAUGGUCAUGGCCAAUUCAAAGUCCUUUGAACAAUGCACAAAAAUUAAACUUUUAAUUUGUUUUGUUCCUGGGGGUGUUUUAUUUACUUUUG